GGCCAUGUGACCCCACCUGGGCGGGCGGGGGAGGGGCGCGCAGGUGAGGCCGGCCGGCGCCCAGCAGGACGCACGCGGCGGCGCGCUCGGCAGCAUGUCUGUCAGCAGAAAGGACUGGUCCGCUCUGUCCAGCCUGACCCGCCAGUGGACCUUGGAGGACAAGGAAGAGCAGGAGCGCGAGCGCAGGCGUCGGCACCGCAACCUCAGCUCCACCACCGACGACGAGGCUCCCAGCCUGACCCAGAAUGGAGACCGGCCGGCUGCUGAGAGGCUGCCGAGUGUGGAGGAAGCAGAGGUGCCCAAGACGCCAUCCUCAGCCACCAAAGAUGAGGACGAGGACUUCCAGGCCAUGCUCCGGUCACGGCAGGAACGGAGGCAGAGGCGGCGGGUGGAAGAGGCUGCUCCGGCCCCCGUCAGGGAGAGGCUGGAGGCAGAGGAGGGAAGGGACAGCUCGGGCCCUGAGCAGGCCACACAGCAGCCCCUGGUGCCCAAGAAGGAUCUGGGGCCCACCCCUCGUCGGAGGCUGAGCCGGGAGCAGCGAGGCCCGUGGGUCCAGGAGGAGGAGAAAGUGGCCAGCAAGGAGCCAGGAGCGGGGAAGAAAGGGGUUCUAGGGAAGACGUCAGCCUCGGAGAAAUCUGUGCCAGAGAAGAUGGCCACACCUGAGAGGAGACUGAGCUCAGAGAAGGCCUCUGUCUCUGAGAAGGCGCGGGCCGCAGAGAAGACAGCCCAGGCCGAGAAGACAGCAGUGUCAGACAAGGGAGACGGCUCAGAGCGGUCGGUUCCAGCAAAACCAGACGUCCCUGAGAAGUCACCAGCACCUGAGACGACCACUGUGUCAGAGAAGUCGGCUCUAGGAAAAGCAAGUGUCUCAGAGAAGAUGCCAGCCCCAGCGAGACCCGCGGGCUCGGAGAGGAGGCUGGUGUCUGAGAAGGCAUCCCUGUUUGAGAAGUCGCUGGGCUCAGAGAAAGCCCCAGCCGCAGAUGCAAAGCUGGUCCCAAAGAAGGCAGCAGGCCCAGGGCAGCCCUGGGCCCAGGAACAGCUGUCCUCGAGAGGUAGCCAGGCUGCCACCAAGGAGCAGAGAGGAAAGGCCCUCCUUGAAAAGAGCCCACCAUCCCCGGCAGAGCGGGGGCCCUCGGACCCUCCGGCUGCCGCCUGUGACACUCCAGACCUCUUGUACGACACCCCCCUCCCGGUCCAGGUGAAAAUUCCCGGCAGCAAGGACGAGGAGGACAUGCUUUCGCCCACCCAGAGCACCUACAGCAGCUCCCUCAAACGCUCCAGCCCCCGGACCAUCUCCUUCCGGAUGAGCCCCAGGAAGGACAACUCCGAAACCACCUUGACCCGUAGUGCCAGCGUGAGGCUCCCAGUCAAGCUAGGAGAGAAGCUGGAGCGAUACCACACGGCCAUCCAGAGAUCAGAAUCCGUCAAGUCUCCAGGCUCCUCCCGCACCGAGUUCUUAGUGACUCCCUCGGGUGUAGCCAGCAAACGCCACCUCUUUGAGAAGGAACUGGUGGGCCAGAGCCGAGCAGAACCAGCCUCCAGUCGGAAGGAGAACUUGAGGCUCUCAGGGGUCGUGACAUCAAGGCUCAACUUGUGGAUCAGCAGGACCCAGGAGUCUGGAGAGCAGGAUCCCCAGGAGGAACGGAAGCAGCCCGCAGCCGCCAAGAGGGCACAGUGGGGGAAGAAGCCGGACUCCUCCCUGGACGCUGAGGUGUGACACGCCCUGCCAAGACUGCCUUGCAAGUCUGCCUCUCAAGGCCUUUGCUCAGGCGAGGCCCUGUCUCCUGCCACUGCAUCUCCAUCUUGCCCUGCCAGUUCUUGCCCAGGGCUCCCUUUCCGUCCCUGUGCCUUUCCGUCCAGGGCCCCUGGGUGCCAGCAGUAUCUUUGAGGUCAAGCCAGCUCCUUCCCAGCCUGGCCAUGCCAAGGCCUGUCCCAUCCCACCACAGCACAGCCGAUGUGAGGACCCAGCAUCAGCCUCGGCCACAGCGCUGGUGUGCAUCACACGACGGCCUCUGUGUCCUACCUGGAGACUACCCCCCACCUCCUGUCCCCUUCCAGGAUCCACGUGGGGCGUCUUUCAGGAACUCUAGGGUCCGCUGUCUCACCUGCUCCUAGCAGGUGCCUCCAGGUCCUGUGGUGUCUCCCUCGCGUGGUCUGGGCCUGCCUACCUUAGCGUCUGGGGCCUCAGUGCCAGCCCGUGAAGGAGUUGCCCUGCGUCUGCCCUAUGCCUCCCUGCUCUGUUCUUCCCUCCCUCCCCUGGCCUGCCGCCCUGGCUGGGAGCUCAGUGCCUUUUUCUGUGCAACUACCUACCCUUGCUCCGAAAACCUGUUCUCAGGAAGGAUCUCAUAAACUCAUUCACUCUCAGGUGUAAGUGACUGAUGAUGCCUUAAAAAUGAAUUCCUUCCUGGGAUCAGCAGGUGGCAUAGUGCUUGGGGCACUG